AUGUUGAUUAUCGGAGAAAAUACUACACCCGAAUAUAUUGCUUUAAACCCUAAUAAAGCGGUGCCUGUAGUGGUGGACGACGGGUUCGUUCUAUGGGAGAGUCGGGCUAUACUGCAAUACCUGUGCAACCGAUACGCGCCGGACUGCACUCUCUACCCAAAAGACCCGAAACAGCGCGCUCUAGUAGACAGAGCUCUUAAUUUUGAUUAUGGUAUUUAUGGUCAAAUUGGUGAUGUUGUAAUACCCAAAAUAUUAAUGAAUAUGGAGCCAGCGGCCGAUAAAUUGGUCAGGUUACAUGCAAGUUUCAAAAUACUGGAUCAACUAAUUGGCGCCAAACGUUACCUGGUUGGCAACCAAUUGACAAUAGCUGACCUAUCUCAGUUGUCUUUGAACGCUUAUCUGGAUAUCGGCGGCAUCGAUGUCACUUCAUAUGCCAGUUACCAGCGUUGGUUGGCCGGGCUUAGGGUAGAGUUGACUUAUUUUGACGAGAUCAACUUAAUCGCCCCAAACGAUUGGCAUAGUUUUAUGGACAAGUAUCGCAAAAACAGGCUACCCUCAAUUUCCAAAUAA